AUGACCGCUGACGUGUCCCAGCGCCGUGCCCCUUCCCCGUCUCCGGCUUCGUCGGCGGCGUCAGCGCAAAGUACGAGCGCCUCGUCGCACGGCGUGUGGCCAGCCUUCCCUCGUUCCCUUGCUGACGGAAUGGCAGUGAACACGCAGAUAAACGAGCUGAAUAUCAUACGCCAGGCGCUGUACGAGCUGGAGGUGCAGCACGGGAAGCUGCGCACGCGCUACGAGGAGGAGAUCGCACACCUCCGCGCGGAGCUGCAGGUGUCGCGCAGCGCGGGGCCGGGGCUCGGCGGGCCGGGAAUUCCCGCCGACCGCGAGCGGGACCGCGGCGAGCGCUCUCGGGACGGCGACAGGGACAGGGACCGCGGGGGCGAGCGCGAUGCCAAGCGGCUCAGACUGACCAAAGAGCACGACAGCCCGCAUGGCCGCGCAGCCUUACCGCCGUCCAGCGCCGACAGCCCCGGGCGCCCGAUGACGGCAGCGGCGUCAACGUCGGCCCAUCGUCUACCGGACCACUCGCAUCUGCCCCUCCCGCCGAUGCCCGUCCUCCGGUCCGCGCCUGCUUCUACCUCUACUUCCGGCCUUGCCCUGAUGCCCGCGCUGGAGCGCGACGCGGGCCGGGAGAAGGACGCCGACAAAGAACGCGACCGCGAGCGCGAGGACGAGCCGUUCCCGGCGUGGGUCGACGGGCUGGACGUCGCCAGUCUGCCGGCGGACAUGAAGAAGGAGGGCGCGGACUGGUUCGCGGUGUGCCAGUGGAACCCGCGCAUCAGGCCGAGACGGCUGGAGAGCGUGCAGCUGCUGCAUACGUUCGCGCAUGCGACCGAACAGCGUCGUCUGCUGCGUGCAGUUCUCCGCGGAUGGGCGCUAUUUGGCGAGGGGUGUAAUCGGUCGGCGCAGAUAUUUGACGUCAAGACGGGUCGCAAGACCAGUGUGCUGGUCGACGACGUCAGCGGCCCCGCGGGCGACCUUUACAUCCGGAGCGUAAGGUUCAGCCCGGAUGGGCGCUUUUUGGCGACGGGGGCGGAGGACCGGAAGAUCAGGAUCUGGGACAUCACCAAAGGCACUGUCGCCCAAAUCUUCUCCGGGCACACCCAGGAGAUCUAUUCCCUCGACUUCUCGCGCGACGGGCGGCGCAUCGUCUCGGGCUCGGGCGACCGGACCGCGCGCGUGUGGGACAUGGACGGCGGGCCGCCGCUCGUCCUCGCCGUCGACGAGCCGGCCGUCGCGCUGUCCCCGGACGGGCGGCACGUCGCCGCGGGGUCGCUGGACAACGUCGUGCGCAUCUGGGACGCGGACAGCGGCGUCCUGCUCGAGCGCCUCCGCGGGCACCGCGACAGCGUGUACAGCGUCGUCUUCACCCCCGACGGGCGCGGCGUGAUCAGCGGGAGCCUCGACAGGACGCUCAAGCACUGGGACGUGUCCGCGCUCGCGGGCGGGGGCAAGGUGAAGAGGGAGGCGGGCGCCGCGCCGGAGGGCCGCGCGGUCUGCACGCGGGACUUCCUCGGGCACAAGGACUACGUGCUCUCCGUCGCGGUCUCGCACGACGCGCAGUGGAUCGUGUCCGGCUCGAAGGACCGCGGCGUGCAGUUCUGGGACCGCGCGGGCGCGGUGCACGCGCUCCUCCAGGGGCACAAGAACUCGGUCAUCUCGAUCGACCUCAGCCCCGCGGCGAACCUGCUCGCCACCGGGAGCGGGGACAGUCUGGCGCGGGUGUGGAGCUAUGCGUAG